GCUGUUGAUUUUGGCACAGCGCGGCGCACAGAGAGAGACGCCCACAGACGCUCAAAGCGAACGCACAGAAUCCGCCGAUAGGGACCAAUUUGUGUCAGUCUCGUUGUGUGAAGAUUUAGACAAGAGCAGCAGCAGUGCAGACACGGUAGCAGCAGUAGAAGAAGGAGUAGCAUUACUAUAAGGAAGGAAAAACACUAGAUAGCCACACAGCUCUCUCUCUCUCUCUCUCUCUCUCUCUCUGAAGAAGGUUGCAUUGCCUUCCUUCCUCCUCCUCCUCCUCCUGGAAUCCAGAUAUGAGGUGAAGGUUAAAAUGUUCUGAGCUUCUUGUCAAACCUCGGAGUUCCAUUGGUCCAUUCACAGGAAGACUAGUAUCAACAAACCGAUACAGACAACGCGAAAACGUACAUUUAUUUGUUUAUUUUGUUUUGUUUUGUUUGUUGUUGUACUGAAAGCAAAAACCGGAGGAUUUGAGAACGGAGUGAUAUCGGCCAGAAUCUCUCUCUCCCAUCUCCAACCGUAGAGAUGAAUACCAACGACGCUAAAGAGUAUCUCACCAGGCGGGAGAUACCGCAACUGUUUGAGAGCCUGCUGACAGGGCUGAUGUACUAUAAACCAGAGGACCCUAUAGACUACCUGGAGGUGUGUCUGAAGAAGGUGAGGGAACUUGGGGGACCAGACAGGGUCCGGUGGGACACAUUUGUCGGCCAGGAGAAGAAGUCCCUUCCCCCCAUCAACGGAGGACAGUCACGUCGGUCCUUCUUCAGAAACGUGCUCCCAGACAGUCCCAACUUCCCAUACCGGCGCUACGACCGUCUCCCUCCCAUCAGCCAGUUCUCCAUCGAGAGUGAUUCAGACCUGUCGGAGACCGCUGAGCUCAUCGAGGAGUACGAGGUGUUCGACCCCUCCAGGCCACGACCCAAAGUCAUCCUCAUCAUCGGAGGGCCAGGCAGUGGUAAAGGGACCCAGAGUCUGAAGAUAGCAGAGUGCUAUGGGUUUCAGUAUGUCUCUGUAGGAGAGCUGCUCAGGAAGAAGAUGAUUCACAACGCCACCAGCAACAGGAAGUGGAGUCUCAUCGCCAAGAUCAUCACCAAUGGGGAGCUGGCACCUCAGGAGACCACCAUCACUGAGAUUAAACAGAAGAUCAUGAAGAUUCCAGACGCUAAUGGGAUCGUGAUUGAUGGGUUCCCUCGUGAUGUGGGACAGGCACUUUCUUUUGAGGACCAGAUCUGUACUCCAGACUUGGUCGUGUUCCUGUCCUGUGCUAACCACCGUCUGAAGGAGCGUCUGGAGAAGCGAGCAGAGGCGACGGGUCGUCCUGAUGACAACCCCAAUGCGACAGAGCGCCGCCUCACCAACUUCAAACAGAACACCAUCCCCUUGGUCAAAUACUUCCAGGAGAGGGGACUCAUCGUCACGCUGGAUGCAGACCGAGAUGAGGAAGAAGUGUUUUGUGACAUCAGCAUGACAGUGGACAACAAGCUGUUUCCCUCCAAACAACCUGUCGCUGGCCCCAGUGAGCUGGAUCUCAGUCUCCUAGGAGACAAUACUAGUCUGGUAGACGUCCCAUUCAGAAAUGAAGAGCAGGUUGAAGAGGAGGAGGAAGAGGAGGAGGAGGAAAUGGGGUAUGCUGAAGGGACUGCAGAGAGUUAUCCUGCAGACAGGAAGAAACCUAAGGUUGUCUUUCUGAUGGGUGGGCCGGGCUCAGGGAAGGCUGUGCAGUGUGAGAGGAUGGAGGAGAGAUUCGGACUGCGUCGUCUGUCUCCUGGCGACGUCCUGUGUUCUGAACUACAGUCUCAUAGUGAGAGAGGACGUUACCUACAAGACCUGCUGGAGAGGGGGGAGAAGCUACCUGAGGACACGAUGCUGGAGCUGCUAUGUGAGUGUGUGACGUUAUCUCUGCGGCACGGGAGGGGCGUCCUCGUAACCAACUUCCCCCGAGACCUACGACAAGCUCUGGAGUAUGAAGCUAAGAUGGGGGAGCCCAGUGCUGUGAUGCUAUUGGACUGUUCCCCUGACACUAUGUUGUCCAGGCUGCAGUGUUCCGUCCUGUCCCGCUCCGCCCCCCAAACCACAGGCUGCCACCAAGAGAGAGACAGAGACACCAGCAGGAGGGUAGAGGGAUUCGCCAGUAACUGCCACGCUGUGACAUCACACUACCAACCCAAGAGUCUCCUACACAAGAUCGAUGCAGAGAGGCCUCCUGAAGAGGUGUUUGCUCAGAUCUGUCAGGCCAUGGACUCCUGCUAGAGGAACCCGCACAUCUCUACAACAUCACUACCAUCGCUGUUCCCAGAGCUCUCAACUACUCUCCUCCUCAGAUGCAUCCCAAAUGGCUACCUAUUCCGUAUAUAGUGCACUACCUUUUACCGGAGCCAUAUGGGCAAAAAGUAAUACACUAUAUGGGGAAUAGGGCUCUGGUCUAAAGUAGUGCACUAUAUAGGGAAUAGGGCUCUGGUCUAUAGUAGUGCACUAUAUAGGGAAUAGGGCUCUGGUCUAUAGUAGUGCACUAAAUAGGGAAUAGGGCUCUGGUCUAUAGUAGUACCACUAUAUAGGGAAUAGGGCUCUGGACUAAAGUAGUGCACUAUAUAGGGAAUAGGGCUCUGGUCUAUAGUAGUGCACUAUAUAGGGAAUAGGGCUCUGGUCUAUAGUAGUGCACUAUAUAGGGAAUAGGGUGCCAAUAGGGACGCAGCCCCCUCCUUGCCUCUGCUACUCUGAAGAGACCCGGCCACAAGACUCUCACACUUUUUCUCUCACACUUUUUCUCUCACACACACACACACACACACACACACACACACACACACACACACACACACACACACACACACACACACACACACACACACACACACACACACACACACACACAUUUAGAAAGAGAAAUCACUCAAAUGUCUUGGAAAUACAUCGUAUAUCUAUGCUGCAGUGGGAACAACUCUCGUAUUUGUAAUGUGUAGCUGUAGUGGUGGUAAACAAAAUAAAUAGAUACAUAAACACUGAUGGCAUUUCGUGGUGAAUAAAGUAACGCUCCUUAUAUUUUCAAAGCAUUUUUUCCGCGAUAAAUACUGUUAUAUUAUAUUACGCUUGCAA